GAAGCCAUUUUGAAUAUCAGCGAACAUUAUACACAAGUUAACUAAUUUAUACUUAAAAGAUGACAGAAAUUUCAUUGAAAUCGUUCUCUGAAAUACAACUGGCCAUAAGAGAAUAUGAAAUUGAUACAAACUCAAAGUUUAGAGUUGUGAAAAAAGACAAAUAUUUUGGAUUAGAGGGAACAGAUUUUUCUGCUGUUAUGAAAAAGAUCUGGUUCAAGGAUCCCCAGCCAGAUGCAGUGCCUAUAAUACCAUCUACUGGUGUACCCUUUAUUGUUGUUGGAAAGAAGUUGUUGGAGUGUCACCAAGGGUUAGAUAGAGACAAGAACCGAAAGAUGAAAAGAAAAAAUGAGAAACAAAGAAAUGAGGACCAUGACUUCAGUAGACAGAGGAGACAAAUUCAACCAACUAAAAAGAAGAACUGUGGAGUUAAAUUGAGGAUAAGGCAUGUUGUUAGAUUUCCUGACUACAAGAAGUUCUAACAGACAUAUGUUAUAGUUAUGACCACUGGAAUAAGUACGACAUAUGAGAAAGAUUUGAUUUCGGUUGAGAUAAAGAAGUUGGUUUUGGACAAGAAGCAAAUCAAUAUGCAGCAUCAAUUCUAUAUAGCUUUUCCAGACCCAACUGAACACCAAAACCAUCUAAGAGGAGAGUCAGCAAGCUUACUACUUGGAAUAGAUGACAGAUUGAAGGAAUACAUCAGGAAAAUGGUAUGGGAAGAAAAUAUCACCAGUGUCCCACAGAUGAGAGUACUAGUAGAAGUAUACAUGAAGACAACACUUUUCCAAGGACAGGAUAUUCCCGCCAUCAUUAAUAAGAGAUUUUGGCCAUCAAAUGUAGAUAUCCAGAACCACAUUGCCCUUGCAGUAAAGAAACAAAGAAACAAGGAAAUUGAUCAGGAAGUAGUUGUUGAUUUGCUGAAGGAAUGGAAAAGUGAGCGCCCUGAAGACAACUUCCAUCUUCGUCUGAAGGGAGAUCAUCUGGAACCAGAUAAUGACAACUCAGACUUGGAAUUGAAUCAUGGUGAUGCGCAAGAGACAGAGGAUGAUGUAAGAAUAGGUGAGGCCUACACUAGGAAGCUAUAUGGUACAAACAGUAAGUUCCUGUAUGUACACCAAACUCAAUGGCAGAGGAGACUUCUUGAGCUGUAUGGGAAAGAGAUCUGCCUUUUGGAUGCUACAUAUAGGACAACCAGAUAUUCUCUCCCAUUGUAUUUCCUAUGUGUGCCUACGAAUGUAAAUUACAUUACUGUUGGAACCUUUGUUACAGAGACCGAGGACAGUGCUUCACUGAUGGAGGGCUUGCAGGUUAUAAAAGAAUGGAAUCCCGAGUGGUCACCCAAGUUCUUCAUGUGUGACUAUGCCACUGAAGAGAUCAAUGCCCUUGAAAACGUUUUUCCAGGUUCUUUUGUAUACCUUUGUGAUUUUCACCGAGAGCAGAGUUGGGAAAGAUGGCUUACUGCAGCACAUAAUGGACUGCACACAGAGAAGACCAAUGUUCUCUCCCUUUUAAGACCUAUUGCUAGGGCACUUAAUGAAGAUGAUUUUAAUUCUGCGUUGUCCACUUUAAAGUCAAGUUCUGUGUGGAAUGAGAAGGAAAAGCUACGCAAAUGGUUUGAAAAGACUUGGUUGAGUUGUCCUAGGCGUUGGGUUAGAGCACACAGACAGGAAAGGUUCAAUGUAUCUGUUAAUACAAAUAAUGGAAUUGAAAGACAGAAUUUGUCAUUAAAGUAUGAAUAUCUAGACAAGAAAAAAGCUAGAUCUCUUAGUCAGCUGUUGAGUGUUCUGAUCAGGAAGUUCUUGCCAGACAGUUAUGUGAAGUGAGUUGUUAUAAUACACAACAUAAUAUUUU